GUCCACCAUCUUGUUGACACUUGGAGCAGUUUACGUUUAGUUUCUUAUACCGGUUUACCGCAGGUUUCGGAAUACAACUAUCAGCCAAAAUGGUAUGUUACCUAUUAUCUCCUUAUAUGAAUAUCAUACAUGUUAUAUAUCCCAGCCACUCCGUUUGCUUUUGUAAUCUUAUAGAUCUUUUCCCUAGAAAAAUGUAAUUCAAUACCCCUUUUCUUAUUCUUCCUUCACGGCACUGACCACUUCUAAUACUCGCAUUUGAUAUGAUUUGGCCUAAGUUGAUUAGUUGAUUGUUUCAGUGUUUUGUAGAAGAGUUUUAGGCAGAAAUUGACUCGUGGCUCUCUCAGAUUCUGCUAGGGUACGUUGCUGCAUCCAUGUACUGGCAGAUUUUCAGACAAAUGACAGUCAUCUGUAGUGUAGUCGUAGUUUUGGGAUAAUGGCAUAAUGGGCAAUUAAUUCAUAUUUUAGCACAAUAAAUUCAAUAAUGAAUGCAAAUAUAGAAUAGGUUUAGGUUUGUAGUUUUGUCUGGCAGUUGGCUUUUUUUUUUCUAUAAAUAAAUUAACUUGACUUAUUUCAUUUAAAAGUAAAUAUCAUGUUUUAACUUUUGACUUUUGAGAAAUUUUGCGUAAACGGUAUGGCAUUGGUUUUGCCAAGAGUUGUCUCACUCUAAGCGCAGUGACAUCUCAACAAUGGAUAUAGAAUAUAGGGUGAAUAGACCAAUGUGGUAUUCACCCUGGGGGCGCAUUAUCUAUAUUAUUAUUAUACAUGGUUUUAUAGGGCUAGCUAGGCUCACCACGCUGUACAUACAAUUUAACAAACUUAAUCAAAAAACUUAAAUUAAAUUGACAUACAUUAAUUAAAUUAAAUAAAACGAAUGUAUAUUUAAAACUAUUUACAACUCAAGCCAUCGAUGACACUCAGUACCAUCAUUAUUCGGUCAGAGGUGGGAAUCAGUCAGUAUAGUAGAGAUUAAAGAGAUGUGUUUUGAGUGCAGUUUUGAAGGUUGUGAUGUUCGAUAUAUUGUGGAUGUGUAAUGGAAGAGAAUUCCAUUGUUUAGGGACACAGAAAGAGAACGAUAGUUUAUCGUACGUUUUUGUCCGAGUCUUGGGGAAAGAAAGAAUAUGCGCAUCUGCGGAUGAGCGAAGCUGUCGAAGGGGUGAAUAGACAGAGAGAAGUUCGGUUAAAUAGGAAGGGGAGGAAUUCGAGAAAAAGUUGUGGCAGAGAACAGAGAGUUUGUAGUCAAUACGUGCUUGUAUAGGCAGCCAAUGAAGUGAAUGAAGUAGAGGUGUGACAUGAUUACGUUUUCUUGCCUUUAGAAUUAGCCUAGCGGCUGAGUUUUGAACCUUAUGUAAUUUUUCUAUGAAGUGUUUUGGUGAACUUGAUAGAAGAGAAUUACAAAAGUCAAGGGGAGAGAGAACAAGAGCACAGACUAGGGUUUUUGUUGCACUAACUGUAAGGUAUUGGCAGAUGGAGCUUAUCUGACGAAUAGCGGUGUAUGCAGAGCGUUAAAUAUGAGAGAUGUGAGUUGGAGAGAAGGAUUUGUGAUCGUGAAUAAGGAGUGCUUCAGUUUUUUCAUCGUUAAGCUUCAACUUGCUGAGUGUCAUCCAUGUCUUGACAUCAACAAUGCUCUCCAGCAAAGUCCAGAUAUCAGAAUUGACAAAAGAGGGAUGGGUAUGCUUGUAUAGCUGCGCGUCGUCUGCGAAUGAUUGGGUAUAAUAAUUUAUUUUCGAAACAUUGAGCUCCUCUGAGCUACAUUGACUUCAUUGAGAUUUUUUUAACAAUUUAAUUUUUUAUUUCUAUUAUCUGUUGCUUCAUGUUUUGUAUUGUCUGCUGAAGAAGGGGCAUCUAGCCAGAACAUCAUUUUAAUUGUCCUGUCUUUUUCAUUUCAACACUUCUUGUUAACUAUUUCAUUCACAUGGCUUGUACGCAGUCCCUCAUUUAUUUAGAUUAAUAAUUGCAAAAUGUAGGCUCUCUCUGUCAAAAGUAGUGAACCAUUAUUCUUAAAAAAUUAUAUUUAUUGCCGUUUUGAUUUUUAAAUUCAAGCAGUGGCAUAGUCUUCAUAGGUCUAGCAUUUCUUUUAAAUCUUAUUUUUAAGAAAAAUAAAUGUGAACAAUUUUGAAAUUUAUUUGACUUCUUUAGGUGCUGCUAGCAGCGGCUGUAUGCAAUAGAACUGGAAAAGGUAUGUUAUUUUUAAAAUAUAAUAAGCAUAAAUCCGUUAAAUUUGUUUGGCUGUUAAGUGAGUGUAAUGUCACUUAAUAGAACAGAUAAAGAAUUGGCAAUGGUUAUUUAUAAAUUUUAAAAAAAAAAUGAAUAGCCCUAAUGUAUUUUGAGAAUGAAAUAGGGCCCAGGUAUAAAACUUUACCUCAACGUAAAAAAAACCUGAAAAAUAUUUUCUUUGGAAGAAUGAUUUUAUUUUAUUAUUUAAAAAUAUUUUAGCUAUCAUAUCGAGACAGUUUGUGGAAAUGACUCGAUCACGAAUAGAGGGUCUCCUGGCAGCUUUCCCUAAACUCAUGGGUACAGGAAAGCAGCACACCUUUGUUGAGACUGAAAGCGUCCGCUAUGUUUAUCAGCCACUUGAGAAGUUGUAUGUGUUACUUAUUACAACCAAGGCUUCCAAUAUCUUGGAAGAUUUAGAAACCCUCAGAUUGUUUGCUAAAGUGGUAUGUAUCUUUUAAUUUUGUAUAGUGCACGCUUUAAAAAAAAUGUUUGUUUUGAUCAGGCUCAGUGCAAAUGUAUUUUUAAUUAAUUAGUUUUUUUAUUUACUAAUUUAAGAAUCUCUUUACUAAUUAGUUAGUAGCCUAAUGGCCAUAAAAUUGUGUAAUGCGGCAUUAUUAAUUUAAAUAGUUAUUAAAAAUUUUGAGAUACAUUGUAAAGCUAUUCUGUGAUUAUUUGUAUUUUGCAUUUUCUAGUUGCCUGAGUAUUGUAGAAACAUGGAAGAGACGGAUAUUGUUGAUCAAGCGUUUUCAUUGAUAUUUGCUUUUGAUGAAAUUGUUGCCUUGGGCUACAGGGAAAAUGUUAACCUUGCUCAGAUUAGAACAUUCACUGAAAUGGAUUCUCAUGAAGAGAAAGUGUUCCAAGCUGUUAGACAGGUAAGUUUAACUUGGACAAUCAAAGACAAAUAUUAAAAAAAAAAAAAAGAAUUUCUUAUGUGUGGGAAAUGGUGAUAUUUCAUUGUUUGUCACUGUACAAUAGCACUUAGCCAGAUGGAACUCUUUCUGUCAAUUUUAGAAUCCAAAAUUUUUAUUUGUUACAAACAAAUUUUAAUGUUAACUGGUUAUUUUUUAAUAGAAAUUGUGUCUUCUUAACAUUGCCACAUCCAGACUUAUCCAGAACUAUACAGUACAGAUAUAGAUUAUUGGACUUGCAAUAAUGUGAACACUGUUAAAUGUAUUAAUAUUUUAAAAGUUAUGUUUACAAAUAUGAUUCAUGACAUGCUAAAAAUGUUUUAAUUUUUACUUCAGCUAUUUAGGAUACUGUACACUUUAUACAUCUGCUACACAAUCCUUUUUUGAUUUUGCAGACACAAGAAAAAGAGGCCAGAGACCAAAUGAAAAAGAAGGCAAAAGAAAUUCAACAAAGAAAUCGAGAAAUUGCAAAAACGGGCCGCAAUCCUGGGUUUAAUACUGGAGGAGGCUUUGGUAGUGGCUCUUAUAGAUCUGAGACAACUCCUGUUAUAGAUGGUGGCUCCAAUGUAGACAGUCCUAAACCUGCCUACAACAAACCCAGGUACAGUAUAUAUGUAUUGCCAUGAAUCACUCCCUGCCAUGUUGUGUGACUGUUGUGAAGCCUAAGCCUUUUGAGAUAUUACAGUCACCCUUCUUCACAAAGACAUUCUUCUCACCUCCGCCUACUGACAGCCACAGCUAUUUACUCUACCCUUCUUCCCAACCCAAAUCCCUUUUCUCAUCUACUUUGUCUUCGUCAACUUCGCCCAUCAUAGGAUGACUUUUGGGACAUUUGCUCAGCCCCGCCUCUCAUUGUGUUGAGAAGAGAUAAGAAUCUAAGAGAUCUCCUUUUUCGUAUCUACGUCUGUGCUACCCCCCUCCCUCUUGGGACUAAGGCAUGUGGACGCAGUCGUUAAAAAACCUGCCCUUUUGUCAUCCAGACUCAACACGUUCCUUUCCCUAAGGGCAGUUUUCAGAUGACAGUUUCCUUUGAACCAGCUGCAAUGCUGUCUACGCCAUUGUUUGCAACUGCUGCCUACGCCAUUGUUUGCAACUGCUGCCAUACAGAUUAUCUGGGAAAGACUGAAUGGCGUCUCUUGAACAGAUGUACUGAACAUCUUGAAAUAUUUCGCAGGAUAAACAGUCUCCUAUCUGAAAGCACUUCUAUAGGACCACAAGGGCUCCACUGACUUGGCCAUCGCCACCAUUGCUUCUAUACCAAGGCACUCGAUAGAGUGAACGUAGGGAAAAAAACUGAUACAUGCUAAUGGGACCUUCAACACAAGGCAUGGAUGUCUUUUUCUUCUUCACUAGUUAAAUCUUUUUUCCGCUCCCUCCAUUUUUACAACAUAUUGCAGUGUACUUAAUUUUCCUUUCUUCCUUCUCCUAUUGCCCAUAUUAAGGGGAGGUGCGGGUGAGAAAUUGACGAAAAUGGCAAAUUUUGAAUAAUUUUUUAUUAUUAGCUAUUUGGUUUAAUUAACCAUUUCUCUAUUACAUUUUUAUAUUUGUUUUUAUAAAAGUAAGUUAGAAAAUAUAAUAAAUUACAAAUUUCCUGACCCUAUCAAUCAGAAAAAUGUCAAAAUUGUCCUAUUUUUAGUGUUUUUACCCCUUUGUUAUGAGUAUUUGGAAUCGCCCAAUCCCUAUGUCUUUGGCAUGGUUGGAAAGAUGGUGAUUUCGGGGUCAAGAUAAAUAUAGCUUAUGAUCACAAAGAAAACUACAAAAGCAACCGAACCUUUCGAUCGCCGGUAAUGUCUAGCUAAAUUUGGUAUUUUCCUGUCCUACUUCGUGUAUCACGUGAUCAAACCCUGACCUUUGAAUAAAAUAAGCAUUUUGAUUGGUUCCUAUGUAGGAAAUCUGUUUAUAAAGGUCACUUCCGGUAUAAACAAAACCGUAUCUAAUUUCGUGAGGCCUAGCAAGUUCGAUAUGUAAUUUGUCGGUAAUAAAUUCAUUUGAGGAGUUAAAAAACAACUAAAUAAGUAAAUAACCACACAAAAUGAGUUGGCUUUGAUUAAUUGCCAUAAUAAACAUGAUUAAUGCUUCUCCUUUUCGGAGAAGACCAAGACUGAGUACACUAAACUACUAAGACUAAGCCUACUCCUAGUGCUAGUCGCUUCAAGUUCAAGCAUCGCUACGCUACUUUACCAGCAGGAAAAACAUAGAAAAAUACUAUGCCUUGGUAAGUCUUAAAAAUCUAUUUUUCAUUUAGAUUCAAAUUUAAAGUACGGUAUCAAUUAUUUAUAAGGCUAAGCCUAUACUGUGCUCACUAUACAACAUUGAAUGAGGGCUAUACUUAUACUUUAUUAUUAUUAUAUUAGUAAUAAACACUGUUACUUUUGUGAUAGUGAACUGUAGUAAAAAUAAAACCUAUAAACAAUUUAUGAAUUUAGUUAUUGUGACAUUUGUCUUACACUGUCCUAUAUUUAUAGCUAUUAAAAUGGUAAUAUGAAAUUAAAUGUAAUAAAUUUCUCUUUUUUUUUUUUUCAUCGCAAAUAACAUUGUCAUUAGUGUUAUUUUAUUUUAAAGUAAAGUAAGAGUAAGAGCCCUAACAAAUUUUGCUUGAAAUACGUGUCAACAAGUAUGACCUAUCAGUCAUUAAUUUCAUUAUAGCCUUAUAUUUUUAUUGAGAAGCAUUUAAUAAAAAUAUCUAAAUACAAGUUUAUUGUUUUCAGGAAUCAUUGAGGAGACGCGCAAUGAGGUUGCGGAACACAACAAACCACAACAUGCAUUAUAUUUCCUGUUGAUAAACUACACUGAUCUGUUGUGCCUAGGUCCAUUUAGCCCAAAGGACAAUAUGCACAUGAAAAAGAAGGAGUGCCCUAAGUGUAUUCCAAUGUUUCAGAUUCCUCGGCGCAACAUAUGUUCGAUGCAUCGAAAUAAAAGUAACCUCAGGCAGAGGAUGCAAGAGAAGACUAACACAGAUUACAUCACAAAACUCAUUACGUGUUAUUCAAGGACAAAAAGAAUAAGACAGUAGUUGAAAGAAACAUAUCAAUAUUUCCCUUAUUUUAACAUUGUAUCUCUCUGCGAUGUGAUUUUCAACAUGACGAGUGUCAAAAUUUGAUACAGUAACUAAUUAGAUUUUACAAUGGAGUUAUUGCUCAUGAGUUUUCUGGCUCACACAAAAAACAGUUAAUAUGCUUUUGUGGAAAAAUACAUGUUGCAACUCAAGUGAUUCAAAAGUUGUGAGAUAGAAAUCAGAAAAUUUACAACUGUCAAUAUUCAUUCCGUCAUUAGAACUCAUAGAACUUACAAUUUUUUCUUUACAAGAAUAAGAGUUGCAUUUUCAGCAUUCAUGGACAAUGCCAAAUAACUCUUUGGAAUUGCAUAUUUACCUAGCUUAAUUUUAUGAUGCUGCACACUUUUAUAAUGCUGAAAUUCUCCAAAAUAAGCGAAUUAUUAUUUUUUCGACAAAUACAGAAUAAUAGAUAAAAAUAUAUCAAUCACAGUGAAAAGUUGAGUGGUCAGGAAAAAAGAAAAAUGGACCUGGAAAAUGAUUAAAAAUGUCCGCAAUAGGCUAAUAAAAAGUUUUUAUUCCAAUUUUGGUAUAAGAUUCUUAUUUUUCAUUGAUAUUUUCAUUGUUUUUGUCGUUUUUCUUCGUUAUUUCAGUUUUCUUGUUUUCACUAUUUUUGGUCACUAAUAUCCCUAUAACUUUUUUAUUUAUUAUCCAAACCUUACCAAAUUUUCACAGUAUGUUCAGUGACCAAUAAUAAACAUUUGAAUAACCUAGAAUUAAGAUAACUAUCUUAGAAAAGAAAAUAUGUAAAAAAGAAUUCACCCACACCCCUAUUUUUUUUGCAUAGAAAAUGGGGUCACAAUUUCUGACCCUGUAAAUUUAUAACCAGUCAUUACACCAAAAAGUCCUGUUAUACAAAGUUUUAUUAUAGGUUAAAUAAUCUAUGUUUUAAAUCUGAUAGCAAUAACUUAAUAUUUGUAAAAGCCUUAGUGUUUUAAAACACACUAAAAAAAUAAAAAUGGCGGAGGUUUUUAUGGGCUACAAAAGGCAACCAAUGGAAAUUUUUUUUUUUUAAAACCUGUUUUGUACCUCCAUUUCAAUACCAAAUAAGGUGUAAUUUAAAAAAAUCCUAUAUGAAGCCUAACAAAAAUUUUAGAUUUUUCACCCACACCUCCCCUUAACUCUCUUACACAAUAAAGGUCUAUUACAUUCCUCUUGCUGUCCUCUCGAUACUACCAUUUCAGUAUUUAUUUUAAUUUUUAUAUUGGUCUAAGUCAUUUGUUCACGGAAGAAGGCUUCUUACUGACACACUCGUUAUUUUCUUGCAUCCUUUUUUAGAUUUUUCCAUACCUUUCACAUAUUUCCUUGUACCUAACCUAAUUGCAGUCUCUCCCCACGUUUUAUCAUAGCCAAAGAAUAUUAAUAACCUUUUUCUUGUCCUUAGUUUUUCGUGUUUUUUGUUGUUGUUGUGAGCCUAAGUAUAUUGAAAAUAAACAUCAUUCUUGCCUGUUACUGGUGUCUACUGAUUAAUUUAAGUAACGUUCAUAUUAUUUCUGCAGUAAGCCAUCCACUGGGCCAAGUCGUGCCCUCAAGUUGGGAUCCAAGAAAAAAGAUGUAGACACAUUUGUUGGCCAGCUGCAAUCUGAAGGAGAAAGUGAGUUUUGUUUUUAUAUUAUUAUUGUUUAUAUAUUUUUUGAAUGCUCAAAAUUUUUUUUCCACUGAAAUAUACAUAAAUAUAUUUCACAGUCAUCUUUCUCAUAGCCAUAAUGUUUGCUAAUUAAACUUUUAAACUGAUUAUAUAGAUAAAUAAUAUAUUAUCUAUUUACUUUUUUUUUUUUUAAAACAUUAUUUUCCAAAGGAGUGUCUGAUUCUUCCAAAUCUCUCAAUGCUCCAAUUACAAAGUCCACUACACCAACUAUCAACCAAGAAAAGUAAGUAAUGUCUUCUGGUUAUAGGAUAACUUUUCAUUUAUAUCAAAAUCUGGUCACACUGGUUGAAAAUGACUAGUUCAAGUAAAUCCUCAUUGAGUCAUAUCACUGUCUCUACAUCUUAAAUUCAUGCACAAAAUAACUUAACCCUUUACGGGGCAGAGCGGCUGAAAACGUCUUUACCACUUAAAGGGCAAAACGCCCCAAAGCGUCCGUGAUGACAUAGUGUUGUUUUCUUGUGACCUAAGAGGCUUUGCGAGACUUCCUAUUGUUUACAUCCGUUUUUUCCGAUAGCUAAAUAGAGUAGGCGCCAGUUACAAGUAUUUAAUUGAUUUUUUUUGUAGUUUUAGGGGUUUAAAAAUAUUUUUUUUUCUAAAUGGAUUUUGCCGAUUAUUUGCCUAUUAUUCAAGUGAUUGCAGAGAUUUUGCUGGAUUCAAUUUAAGUGACAUUUAAAUGCACGAAUGGACUGUAAAUUGGAACUAGAUAUUAAUAUUAUUAGUAUUAUUAGUGAAAUCAGCGUAGUAAGCAGUGUUGAAUUUUACAAACUUCGAUUUUGUGGCAGUGUUUGUCAAUAGUGAAUAGAUGACUCACAAUCACAAACAAUAUGUUGUUUUUGCAAAUAUUUGUGUUCAUAUGAGGAUUAAUGGCAACAUGUGAGUACAAUAAUAAAUCUGCAUUCAUUUUCCUUUAUUUUGCUUUUUAUUUCACACCAAUUUGUUGACUAACACCUUAGAUUUGAUUUUUUUGUAACGUAACCCUAAAUCUUACUAAAAAAACGGAAAAGUGGUACCCGUUCAGGACAUGCAAGAGGAAGUACCUCUGCCCCGUAAAGGGUUAACACAGAUUGAUUCCUCUGCUGUAUUAAUUUUUUUGCCUAACGUUUAUUGCUCAGAGUGCAUUUAGUGGUGGAGGAAAAGAUAUCGCUCACCGCCGGCCGUGAUGGAGGACUUCAGAACAUGGAGAUCCAUGGCAUGCUCAAACUUAAAGUCAAUGAUGAGAAGGCCAGCAAAAUUAAGGUCCUGGUUACUUACAAUGACACCAGAGGCAUCCAGCUGCAGGUAAGGUUCUAUAGAUAUACCUUUGUUUUGCAUCACUUAGUGAAAUUUAGUUGCUUUUUUUUUCUUUCAACAUUUUAACCAUUUUUGUGUCUUUUUUAAAAAGAUGUCUUAUUUUUAAGUACUUUUGUCUUAAUUCUAUUUGUAUCAAGUAAGAAAAUCAAACAAUUUUUGUUUUUCCAGACACAUCCUAACAUAGACAAGAAAUUAUUUACUCAGUCAUCAGUGAUUAGCUUAAAAAAUCCAGAAAAACCUUUUCCAGUUGGGCAGGAUAUUGGAGUUUUGAAAUGGAGAUUCCAAACUCAAGAUGAGGCUUGCAUGCCUCUGUCAAGUAAGUUGCUGACAUAGCUGGUAUUAGCAACUUUAUUUUGUCAAUUGUUUUUUUCUUUUUUUUUUUUUUUUUUUUUUUUUUUUUUUUUUUUUUUUGCACUUGAAGUUACAGUGUCAGACAGAUUUAUUCACAAUUUGGUCUGUAUUCUUGCAGUCAACUGUUGGCCUAAUGAAAACGGAGAAGUCAACAUUGAAUAUGAACUGGAGCAAGAGAAUAUGGAGCUAGAAGAUGUCCAGAUCAGCAUACCUUGUCCGUAAGUGGAAACUGUUAUCAUCUCUGAAACAUUUUGAACUUUCUACACAAAUGUCACAAGCUUAAGAGUUUAGGUUUUUGUGUUGGUUUAUUAUUAUUUUUCCUUUAAAAGCAGGACAUAAAAUAUACAGGUGGAUGGCUUGGGUAUGAAAAUAUGGAAAUCCACAGGGUGCUUGUAAAUUGUGGGUGGAACCUUUAUGUUGAACGUGAUCUUUCUGUUUGAGCUUAAAGUAAGCAGCUGAUGUUGCAUUCUCAAUGCAUUAUUCCCCACUGUAGACUCAACAGUAACUCCCCACUGUAGACUCAACAGCACCUCCCCACUGUGGACUCAACAGUACCUCCUCUUAGAUUGUGACUCUGUGACAUUGGUGGUGUUAGCUUUACAAUCUAUGUUAUCUGUGUAGUCAAUAAUAAAAUCAUAAAAUAAUUUCUUUCCCCCAGGACUGGUGCAGGGGCUCCAGUCAUAAACGAAUGUGACGGUGAGCACCAUUUUGACAAGAAAACCCUUCACUGGCGACUGCCAUUUAUCGAUUCUUCCAACAAAUCUGGAAGUAUGGAGUUCACGAUCAAAGGCCAUCCUGAAGACUUCUUCCCAAUAACUGUUAGUUUUACAUCCAAGAAGUCGUACUGUGAUAUCACUGUAAGUUUCACUGCUUUGAGGUUUUUUAGCUGAAUAAUAGUGUUAGUGGAGGUCCUCUUAAGCUCGUUUUUAAUUUUAAAGAAUACUCAGAGUCUAGAUGCCAUUAAAAUGAAAAUCUCGCAACCAACAUGCGAGACCAAAGAUUAUUUUAUUGAUUUGGUGAGGGGUAUUAUUUAUUUUAAUAGCAAAUUUCUUUUUUAAUUGUUAUGAUCAUGAGUAAUCGAGUACUUCUUGGUAGUUUGAUAUUUAAGAAUUUACGAAAUGAAAUCAUCAGGACAUAAUGUAAUACAACACGUCAAGCAACCAGUUAUGAAUGUGAUUCAUUUUAUUUCAUAUAAAAUUAAAUAUAUUAUCUAAUAGAUUUGUUUCAAUUUUGUUUCUAAAUCUAUUCAUGAUUAAUGAGGAGCUGUUCCCAUUUGGCUGGGGUUUCAAGGUGUACAAUUUCUAAACACCCUGGGUUGUAUGGUUUCAAAAUAUUUUGUCUUUAUCAUCUUGUGUUUGUAUUAAGUUGUCGGGUUUCAUUAAAAAAAAAUGUGUUUCAAACAUCUUCUGCAGGUUAAUGACGUGCAACAAGUAGAUGGAGGUGCAACAGAAAAAUUCUCAUCAGAAAUAAUCUUCUUUGUUGAAAAAUAUGAGAUAGUUUGACCUCUCAGAUUCAACCAGUAUGUUUACGUAUGAAUAAAUGAUAAAAGUGUUAUGAAUUGAAUGUCCACUGGAAUAAGUUCCCAAAAGUUUGAAACAUUUGGCGACCUGCUCUUUCCAAUUUUUUUUGUCAGUGUAAGUGAGACAGUAAAUGUUAUUGCAAGAGAUCAUGGAACCAGUAAUUAGUAAUGUUUGAUUACUAGCUUCAGUGACUGGUUCCACCUACACUGCCCUUAAAGAUUUCAGUCAUCAGAAGCCAAGGCUGUUUUAGUUAUUUGUGUUUUAUUGAUUAAAUAACUAGUUGGUUAACUAAUCAAUUGUGGCAGGAUCUAUUUGAGUGAGAAAUUAUGUUCAUGUGGGCCUCUCAUGUACUGUGUAAUAGGUAGGUUCUCAAGAGAGUGAAUCGGGGUUAAGUUCAGCUGCAUGUUAUUGAAGGUGGUGGUGUGCACUGAUGUGUGUGAAUGUGGAUCCAUUAGGUCAUUUAUGUUUGGGGAAAACACUUAAAAUGUUACAUUCCCAUCCUGUUGUGUCUUGCAUAUUUUUUCCAUCUCUGAACUGAAUGGUAGACUCUAGGGUGAGUAGAUUUUUGAAAGGAGAAUAAAAGAGUAAGCUUAAGUUAUCCUAUUGACUAUUUCUCAUAUAUAAAGCUUCAGUUUAAAUAUUUCAACUUAAGAGAAAUUAGUGCAUAUUUGUUGCAGUUUCAAGGUUAGUUAUUGUAUGCUCAGUUUGAGAUCUAUGUGGAGUAGAGUUAAUUUCUUAUCCAGCACAUGCCUGCAGCAUCUGGUAGCAGGAACAGUUAUUCAGGCAGGAGCUGGGAACAAAUUCUUUAUGACAUGCCAUACAGCUAAUGGCUGACCGGUAGGCCAAAUAUGUAGCCAGGGUCACCGCCAGUUGUUUCUAGCCUAGAUUUAUACCCUGAGAUGGUCAGAACUCUUUGUUGCUAUACUUGUGCAUGGUCAGCACGAGAGAGUGCUGCAUAGGUUUAUACAUUUAUUAGAUACAUUUAGGACUUAUUUUCUGUCAUGCCAUCACAUUGUUAAAAUUGUUUUGUCUUAUUGAUGCUCAUGUGUGGAAAAAUGAAUGUAUUAUAAAUGCUUUAAUACCAUAAUUUUGUAUAGGUUAUUUUCUUGUGGACGGAUGGGUUUUCUUUAAUGAUAAGAUACACUUAAAACUGAUUUGUGUACUGUUUAAUUGUAUCAAGAUUCAUCAUAAAUUAUUAUGCCUUUGUGGGCUAUUUUGGUUUCCAAAGUAUGGAUAUCACCAUGGAACCAAUUGGGGCUGUUUGAAUUUGGUAAGAUGGAACUUUUAUGUCCUUUGCAGGCAAAAAAAAUUAGAUUCCUAAGUUUUGAAGUAUUAUUAUUAUUAUUACUUACUAUUACAGUGGUCUUAUAUUAUAGAGUUGCACAUAAAAUAUUAGUAAACAUAAUCAUGACAUUAAAAAAAAUGACAUACAUUUAUUUAAUUAAAAAAGCUGUAUAAAAAACGACAACAAAAAAUAUAUGUUAAAAAAUGGAGAAUAAGAAAUACUUCAAGAUAAACCAUUGAAGUUUUCUUUACUUGCUGCCCUAUGGCAAGUUUGAAACUAGAACUGCUAUGUGGUAGUAAGUAGUAGUGUAUUGAUAUUAAAAUGAACUGUCGUUUUUACCUUUGCAAAGGAUGUUAAAUUUUCCUUCAUUCUGCGUUUGUAAAUAAAGUUCUCAAGCGGACUUUUACAAUGUAUAAUAUUUACUAGUGAGAUCAAGUUUUGUUUGGUUUAUCCAGACAGUUUCAAAGGCCCUUCAAUUUAAACAAAAUCUUUUUUAAUUUUUCCCAGUCUUAUGACUUCCUGAUUGUACAGUCUUGUGAUUGGACUUCAAAUUCUCUUGUCUGUAGAUUGAUUAAACCCUGUAACUGAUUCCCAUUGUUUGUUUUGUUGUUGUUUUUUUGUUCCAAAUAAAACCUUUUGUAAGUGUUAAAUUGCUAACUGGUAGGGGACAACCAAUGUGAUGAUUGUCUUUAUUGAUUACCAUUAAAGCUGUGUAAUUAUAUUAUUAUGACUUGUAUCUUUUCUUAGCACCAGAAAAAUUAUUUGUAUGUCAAAGUGUUUCAAAGAUGACUGAAGAUUUGUUGAACUAACUACUACAUUGUAUACAUUCUGUGAAUAAAUUAUGAUCUACACAUUGGA